AUGCGGCGGCGCCGCUCUCGCAUCGUCUUCCACAGGAGGCGGAGCAGAGGCGACCUAGCGGCUGAUGCCAGACCGGUGAGGAAGUUCAGUGACGAGUGUAUGUCACCGGCGGAGGACAACGUCGGACAUGGUGAGUUGGACGGCGGCGAAUCGGGACUCACGUCUUCCGGCAGCGAGACGUUGCCGGAGCACCUGUGGAAUCGUGACGACGUCGGAAGGCUUGGCCAGAUCUGCAAUUUGUUAACAGUGGAGACGGAGUGCUUGCACGGCUCUGUGAUGGAGAUUGAAGCGGCGGCGUAA